AUGCGUGUGGCCUUCUUGGGAUGCGGCCAGAUGGGCUCCGCCAUCGCAUCCGCCGUCCUCCAAAGCCGCAAGAUCGACACCUUUCGAAGCCUGAUACUGAGCGUCAAUGGCCAGAACUCCAAGUCCCGACUCGAGAAGCAGUUCGACGAAUACCGAGACCGCGUUCAGGCAGCCAAAGAUGCCGACACGAUCAUUCUGGCCCACAUGCCGUACAUGCUGAAGGAUAUCUUGUCCGAGACAGGCAUGCGCGAGGCCUUUAAAGGGAAGCUCGUCAUCAGCAUUCUGGCCGGAAUCAAUGCCCGACAGAUACAAGAUGCCCUUGGGACUCCCGAGGGACCUGGCGGUGUUCCCUCUCAACGAGAGUACGAGCUUGUCAGGGCCAUGCCAAACCUGGCGGCCCAGAUCAAGGAGUCGAUGACCUUGGUCAAGGAUCCCGGGCCUGAAGCCUCGCCUGAGAGUCUCCAGAAAGCCACCAAGCUACUAGAGCAGUUUGGUAAGGUCUUGAAAGUCCCAGAAGAGACAUACCACGUUGCUGGAAUGCUAACAGGCGCCUACUACGCGCUCACCACCGUGGCUCUGGAUGGUCUGAUGGACGGCUCCAUCUCUGAAGGAAUGGCGCCAUCUGACGUCAACACCGUGGCGAUUCAAUGUCUGAAGGGCCUCACCAAGCUCAUGGAGCAGGGCAAGAAGCCCGAGGACAUUCGAGAGUUUUUGUCGGCACCCGAAGGAGCAAGCUGUCAGGGUAUCGCCACUCUAGAACGUGGAAAUGUUCGGUCGGCUUACGCUGAGGCCAUCGUGAGAGCUACGAAUCGGGCCAAGGAGUUUGAGGCACGGGGUAACUAG